AUGAAAGACACACCGAUAGUCAACGUUCAAGAAGAACUAAUUGAUACUCAACAUUGUAAACCAAGUGAACGUCAUUUAACAGAUGAAGACAAAUGUACUAUGGAAAAAACAUCACUGAAAUUAUUGUCGUCAUUAACAGGCGUUCGAGUGAGCAAACAACAAAUUUUUGUGGCAGGUGGUAUCCAACAGCUCUUAAAUAAACAAUCUAUAACUUCCACACAUUCGGCAACAACAAUAACAACAACAAAUCAAAAUCCAUUAGAAAUUCAUAUUCUUGAUUUACCUAAUGAAGUCUAUCUACACGUGUUUUCAUAUUUAAAUCCUCUAGAUUUAUGUCAAAUGUCUGAAGUAUGUCGACAAUGGUAUAAAAUCACCACCGAUAAUCAUUUAUGGUCGCGACGUUUACUACGAGAUAGUAAAAAAUGGUCUAGUAUUAGUUCAAAAUCUAAUCCGUUGAGUUAUGAUUUAGUUCAAUCAGAUCGUUCGAAAAAAGAAAUUUAUCUUACGUGUUCGCCCGAUAUACGACGAUGUACAACACAAAUAGAUGAUAGUAUAAAUUAUUUUUUUAAAUUAUCUGACUAUGUUAAAGGAUUAUUUUAUUCCAAAGAUUUGAUUAUGUUCGGACCUGGUUUAGAAUCAUUAACGUCACCGUCCAAAUCCUUAGUCACUAAGCUAUUGUGGGAUGAAACUAAAACAUUCGAGACAAUGGGUAUGAUACCGGGAAAAGAUGGGUUUGGAAGUGGUAUCAAAAUUAAGUUACGCAAUCAUCUAUUUAAUCUUAUUACACUAUAUACAAAUUGCAUGAAGGAGAGAGAGAAUCGUUCUGAUAGAUUCACUUCAAAUCGUUUGGUACAACAGAUUGAAAAUAACCAGAACAACAAUAGCAUGGAAGAUAAUUCAUUAUCGAAAUAUGAAGUUAAUCCACAAGUUCGAGAUGUUUGUCGUGAUGCCAGUGGUCUUGUUUAUGUAAUCGACGCAGCAAAAGAAAAUUCAUUGUAUGACUAUCAAACAGAAUUACAAAUCAUAAUGUCAGAACAAUGGAUGAAUCCAAGUUUACCAUUAUUAAUUUUAGCUUGCGUCAAAGAUGAACAUACGCCACGUUCAUCGGCACUCGAUGUUGUGAAAGACUUGAAUUUAUCGCGCUUAGCUAAUCCCUGGCUAGUUCAAAACUGUUGUGUUGAUAACAUGAAAGGAAUUGAUGCAGGAUUUUGGUGGCUGCUAAGUACCCGAAGUCUACUCUGGAUUAAAAAUGACAAUUAA